AUGGUUGGAGCUUCUUGGAACAAGUGUCGACGAACAUCGUCUCUUCGGUCGUCGCCUAGAACUGCGGGAAGAAAAACCAAGAAUGAAUUACCUGCGUCAGCGUCUUCAUCGUCGUCGUCGUCGUCUUCGUCCUCUCACUCACCGAUGCGACGUCGGGAUGCGCUGAGAAACAUGGUGCUCAAUGUGGUUCGCCCGUCGCGGACGGCUGCUGCUGCGGCGGAUCACCCUGUGAGUUACCGGGGAGUGAGGUACCGGGAGGGACUGAGUAAGUACGUGACGGAGAUUCGACCCACGAGGAGCUCGAAGAAAAUUUGGCUCGGGACUUACGACACGGCAGAGGAAGCUGCGCGCGCGUUUGAUAUCGGGAAUUUGUGUUGCAAGAAGAAUCUGCCGCUCAAUUUCGCGGACUCGCCGCGCUUGCUGAAGAGAAUAUCGUCCAAGCUGUCCGAGGAAGAGUGUCGAAGCGCCAUCGCUAAGCUUGCCAAGGAGGUGGCGCGAGUGGUAGUAAUGAAGUCGGCUUCAGAAGGCGAGACGACAAACCAGGAGGAGGUCAGUCGGGGGGCAGCGAUUAAAGCCCGCAGAUCAGUGGAGAGCACGACUAAAGAUUCUCUACCCAAAACAGAACCUCAAAUUCAGCGCCUCGAAGCUUGUGGAACUUGCUCCUCCAUUACAUAUACUGAAUUACCUGUGGAACGAUUGGAACCUGUAUUUAUAUUCGAAGAAGAAAUGGUGACCCCCAUGUCCCCCUUCGACAUGAGCGGAAUGUCCCUCCCAGAUAACCUCCAAGAGAUUUCUUUCUGUGAUUUCGACUCACCAAGCCUUAGUUCGGAGAAUUACGGCGACGUUUAUUUUUACAGAACUUAA